AUGGAGUUUACUGGCUUACAUUCAACUUUCCCACAAAAUAGCGAGCCCAGCCUGUUUGAUUCCCCGGUGGAGCGGUACCUGAAGGCCAGGCAGAGCGUUCAGCGCUUCACUGUCACUCAGCUUGGGCUGGCAAUGUUCUCAAAUGAAAGUUCAAACAAGUACGUGGUGCAUUCAUACAACUUUUUUCUCUUUCCGUCAUUUGGAGUUACAGAUGUCGAAUUCACCCUCUCUGCAUCUAGCAUUCGGUUCCUGUCUCAUUAUGGCUUUGACUAUAAUAAGUUCCUCAAAGAUGGAAUCCCAUACAUGAAUGAGGUACAGGAGAAGAUCCUUAGCCAGCAUCUCUUAGCGGGCAGCUGGAAAGUCAACAGUGCCCUGGACAGGGAUGUGCUGAAGAAGGCUAUUGACGAAGUGACCUGUUGGAUAGCUUCAGCAGGGGAAGAGGAGACUAUGAUUCUGCAGGAUCUGAGUGGCUAUCAGAUGUUUGAAGUUCAGCUGGUUCUGAGACAGGCUCUCCAAAAUGUUUGGACACAGCCUCUUGGAGACAAGGAGGUAAUGGUGAAAAAAGUGAGUCCACAGCAUCGUCAGCUUCUGGAGAACUCUCGUUACGACUGCUGCCAGAAGGAGCUUAUUCUUCUGUCUGCCCGGGGCUUCACCAACCUCUUCCAGACACUUGUUAAAGCCAAGAAGCCCCUGGUGGGACAUAACAUGCUUAUGGACCUUAUGCAUCUUCACGACAAGUUCUACAAGCCCCUUCCAGAAAGCUAUGAGGAGUUUAAAAGGAACAUUCACAACCUGUUUCCUGUCCUCAUAGACACCAAGACUGUAACAAAAUCCCUCUGGAAGAAAUGUCCAUUUCCUCGAGUAUCUAAUCUUUUGGAGGUGUAUGCGGUUUUGUGCAGCAGCAACCAAUAUCCCGAAGAUCCAGCAUGCCCAGUGAUAGCUCUUGCAAGUGAUUGCUCAAGAUAUGCUGAGAAGAAAUCUCCUCACGAGGCAGGCUAUGAUGCAUUUCUCUGUGGUUCAGUUCUUCUGAAGUCAGCUCAUUUGCUACUGUGCAGAUCCACAGAUGAUGCAGUGGAGGCUGAUCCUUCUUUCUCUCAAUAUCUCAGCGUGUUAGCCGAGUGUCUGAACAAAGUGAAUUUCAUCCGAGGUGGUGUUUCAAGCAUUAAUUUCUGUGGAGAAGAUGCUCCCUGCCAAUAUCCCCCUCUCUUGGUUGUCCAUGUCCAUGGCUGGCCAGGGCUGAAUGAAAGGCAGAUUUACCAAGAGUUUAAAGCUCUUUGUCGCUUUGAUGUCAGACAGCUUUCAAAGAACCAGUUCAUUCUGCUCUCCAAUAAAUUUAAGCACGUCAGGCGCGUUCUGCGAGACUACAGGCAUCACCCUCACCUGCGGGUGUCCGUCUAUCGCCACUGGAGGGACUCUCCGCCCGUGAGCUGCCUGCUGCAAGUCUCUGGUAUUGUGGCACUGUGGUCUCUUUUGGCCUUUGUACUUGGAGGAGCUCCUUGCCGUUCGUUCUAA